AGGGAUUCGCGAUUGUCGAUUGGGGGGAGGACAGGCAGUUGGAGAACACCGAUAUAUGAAGGCGAAACUCGCGCUCCGCGAACUCAAUAGCCCAGAGACUACACGUGGAUGAGUAGCACCUGUCGUCGAACGUAUCACGAAUCUCACGUGUCACAGAAACACCUAUUUUCCUUUCUUUCCUUCUCCUGUUUCCCUCCGCAGUUUCCCUUUGCGGAGAUUCGUGGCCUACCUGUUUCGCGGCUACUCGUUACGCUGCGUUAAAAGUCCCGGUUCGAUUGUUACGCCGACCGAGGUGAUAAGUUGUUGGUUGCCAUUGUCUUCUUAUUUCGUAAGGGACCUUUUGUUCUGAAACGGAGGGGAAAUUAUCGUUUCUUGUGAAUCGGUGAUCGGUGAUUCAAGUUCCGAUGAAGAAACAAACCCUUGCUGACGUUCGACUACUGUGAAAAGUGAGGACAGGGAGUAGCAAAGCAAGGAAAGCGUCGCGUCGUUGCAUAUUUUUCGAAGUUACUCAUUCUGGUACCGAGAGCAAAAUGGGCAAAGAGUGGAAAGGCGCGAAGGAUUUCGUCGGUCUCGAGGAGGUGACGAAGGUCGAGUUUCUGGUGAUGCUGUUCGCCGAGGCUCUGGGAACGUUCCUCUUGGUCCUGCUGGGCUGCGCAUCCUGCGUUACGUGGACAGCUGCAAAUUCGCCUACGGUAGUGCACAUCGCGUUCACCUUUGGUCUCGCUGUUGCCAGUCUAGCUCACGUAUUGGGUCCGGUUUCAGGAUGCCACGUGAAUCCGGCCGUAUCCGCUGGUCUUCUAGUUAGCGGGAAUUGUAGCUUCUUGAAAGCGCUGUGCUACAUAGUUUGUCAAUGUUGCGGUUCGAUCGCUGCUUCAGCGGUUCUAAAGGUAUUGAUUCCUGACGGGGGCGGUUUAGGCGUCACGAGUCUUGGUUCGUCGAUCAACGAGAGCCAAGGAGUCUUCAUGGAGGCGAUCAUCACGUUCCUCCUAGUUUUAGUCGUCCAUGCAGUGACAGAUCCGAAGAGGACCGAUACGAAGGGGUGGGCACCCUUGGCGAUCGGGUUGACCAUCACCGUUUCCCACUUGGCCGCUGUGCCCGUAACAGGGAGCAGCAUGAAUCCUGCGAGAACGCUCGGCCCUGCGGUUAUCCUCGGCUCCUGGAAAAAUCUGUGGAUCUACUGGGUCGGACCUCUCCUCGGAGGCUGCUGCGCUGGCGGCUUGUACAAAAUUGCAUUCAGGCGCAAGAAAGAAGACGAUGAGGCAUCUUACGACUUCUGAACAUGAAGUACAUAGUAUGUAAAUAUCACUCGCAAUGGAGCAUGUUUCUCUUAAAAGGCAAGGGAAAGACGGAAUUUGAGUGACUUAAAUGAAAAAUGAAGUUUAAUUCGGUAGCAGUUUUUUAGUGGAAGUGUUUCCUUUCAUUUCUCGUAUUCGUAUAUUUAUUGUAUUCUUUAAGAAUCUAUUGGCUAUACAGUCAAUCCCAAAAGU